AUGGGAGACUGGUUGCCAAGCACGCUGCGUUUGACGCUCAUGUUCUACUGUAUCAUGAGCCGCUCGCAAUCGGUUUACAGCUUUUGUGGCGGCCAAUCUGAGUUCUGCCCCAAAUAUCAACUAUAUCCUCCCCUACGGAUCCAUCCUCCCAGGAAGAGCCCGCAUCGGCUUGAUCCUCUAUCCAUGAAGAUCAAAGUGGGCAUUGUAGGCUUACCCAAUGUUGGGAAGAGCACUCUCUUCAACGCUCUUUCCAGAAAGUCGAUUGCCCAGGCUGAAAAUUUUCCUUUUUGCACCAUUGAGCCCAACGUUGCUCUCAUUGCUGUUCCAGACCCCAAUUUGCCAGCAUUGGCCGCAUUGGCCGCCAGCAACAAGGCGGUUCCUGCGACAAUGGAAUUUGUGGAUGUGGCAGGACUGGUAGCAGGUGCAUCCAGAGGCGAAGGUCUGGGCAACCGGUUCUUGGCAACCAUACGAGAGUGCAACGCGAUUUGUCACCUUGUUCGGUACUUUGACGACAAUCAAAUUGUCCAUGUUGACGGCCGUGUCGACCCCCGAAAAGACGCCGAAGUGGUAAAUUUGGAAUUAGUCCUGGCAGAUAUUGCACACAUUGAAAGACGCCUGGAAAAGACUACAUGCCAAGGGGUGGAACGCGAGACUCUUGAGUCAUUACUCCCCGAGCUGCACAAGGGAAUCCCGGCAAGAAGUGUGGGCCUUUCCCCUAGUGGAGUGUUUGCUAUCAAAUCCAUGGGACUGUUGACGCUGAAGCCUGUCAUUUACGUUUUUAAUGUGGAUGAAGUUGACUUUUUGUUGGCAAAAGAAGACACCAUGGCGAAUGCUGGUCAAAUUGUGGGCGAGAUUCAGUACUGCGACCCUAGCCGCGCUACUUUUACUGUCGUGAGCGCCAAACUAGAAGCAAAGAUUGCCUCUCUUGCAGAUGAGAAGGCUCAGCGAGAGUACUUGGUUGGAAUGGGUGUAGAUUUGGAUGACAAGGCUCCAUUGGAUGACCUUAUGAGCUACAGCGUUCUUCCCUCGAUGGUGAAAGAUUUGCUAAAUCUGUUCCUGGUUUACACGGGGCCAGGAGUUCCACCUGAGCGGUCUCGGACCACCAAAGCUUAUCUGUUCUCCAAGCAUCAGCCACCAAAUUGUGUGCAGCUUGCCGGGAGACUUCAUGGGGACAUUCAAAAAGGAUUUAUCCGUGCGGAGGUCGUUCCUGCCUCUGUCCUACUACAGUAUUCCAAUUACAAUGAAGCAAGAGCAGGCGGGGCCAUUCGAACAGAGGGCAAAGACUCAACCUUGAACGAAGACGAUGUUGUGAUGAUCAAGUGGAGAUAG